UCAAGUGUUAUCAGUUAUAAUUAUGUGUCUGAUAAUGCAGUCUGUGCUUGAAUCACGUAAAUGGCACGCGACAAAAACUUAGUUUGAUUUCAUUUUAAUUUGUUUAAUUUCUUUUUUAAUUUGUUGUUUGUGUGCGAUAUGGAACUGAAUAAGAUAAAUGACGAAAUACAUGAAAGUGAUGUUGUAAUAAAAGUGAAAAAUUAUGGAGUCUGGACACCCGAAGAAAAAUCUUGGUGGCGGCGGACACCUUAUAAACACAAAACGGUUAUACUGAAUGAUGUUUCAGCAUGUUUUAAGACUGGCGAAUUCACAGCGGUAAUUGGACCAAGUGGUGCCGGCAAAACAACGUUUCUAGUUUCCAUAGCUGGUAAAUGUAAUCUACCGUCUUCUGGUAUAAUAAAUGUCAACAAUGUCAAUGUCAACAAAAUGCAGCGAGGGGUUGUGGAAGUGGUCCCGCAGUUUGAUGUCUUCAUGGAUAGCUUGACGGUCUACGAGCAUUUAGUUUUUAUGACAGAAAUGAAAUUAGGAAGUGUUAAAAAACUACAGAAUAGAAAUAUUCUAAAAUCCUUAAUCCAAGAAUUGAAAUUGAAGGCACUUGAAAAUAAUCCAAUUUGUACGUUAUCUGGCGGUGAAAGAAGAUUAUUGUCUCUGGCAACAUCUUUACUAUCAAGUCCUCUUGUAUUAAUAUGCGAUGAGCCAACCACAGGUCUGGAUAGUUACAAUGCUUUACUAGUAAUUGGCGUUUUAAAGAAACUCUCAAAAGGCGGGAAAAUAGUCAUAUGUUCUGUACAUCAGCCAUCUUCGGAUUUAUUCAAAGAGUUCAACUCUGUGUGUUUGAUGUCGGAGGGAAAAUUGGUGUUUCAUGGAACACAGCGGGAGUGUAAGGAACAAUUUGAGAGGGUAAACCUCAGAUGUCCAGUUAACUUUAACCCAGCGGAGUUUUACAUUAGAGCCGUAUCAAAUACCAACAGGUGUAUAAAAGAAAUUAUGGAAAAUAACCGACACCCUUCGGUUUUUGGUAAAACCGGUUCACUGACAGUGCCGCAGAUACACACAUGCCAAAGAAAUUGGUUUAAACAAGUGCAAUUAAUGAUUUGGAGGUCUUCUCUAUCUUUAAAGAGAGAAAUGAAAAACUAUGUGUUUCAGCUGUUUAUUUGUACGCUGAUAUCCUCCAUAAUAAUAGGCACAUGUUACGUCGGUAUCUCGGGGCGGACACAGCGCGGCGUCCAAGACAUGAGAGGGUUCCUCUGGCUCAUGUGUUCGGAGGUCUCUUUCAGUCUGUCUUAUGUCGCGUUAUAUGCGUUUGAGUUUGACCUCGUGCUGUUGAAGAGGGAGGUGGGAGUGUAUAGUGCUUCGGCUUUCUAUGUGUGCCGGUUUUUGACGUUGAUGCCUCGAUGCCUAGUAUGGCCAGUUGCUUACGUCAUUAUAGCCACACUCGCUAUCGAGCUGCCGGAUCACAUUUUGACAGCUGUCAAAUUCGCUGCAGCUCUUAUUAUAACGGCAAUAGCUUCUACAGCUUAUGGUCUUGGUAUGGGAGCUCUAUUCAUUUCUACUGGAGUAAUGGGUGACGUCAUGCCUUGCGCUGACCUGCCGCUAUUCAUAAUGUCGGGAGCUUUUCUACGCUUAUCAUCGCUUCCUAUCUGGCUGUAUCCUUUGAAGUAUUUCUCGCACUUUUACUAUGGUAUGGACGCCAUUAGUAACAUUUAUUGGAGGCAAAUUGACGAAAUUGAUUGCCCAUCUAACUCUACCUCUGCUUGUUACAAAGAUGGAAUGGCUGUGCUUGUUGAAAAUGGAUAUUCUGAAAACUUCAUUUUCGAAGAUUACAUGGGUUUUCUUUUCGUCACAAUUGUAUGGAGUAUAAUUGGUUUUUACGGACUCAAAAGGGAAGAAAAUAAAGGCUACGCGUACUGAAA